AAACCCACACACACUCUCUCUCUCUCCAAUUUUUAUUAUUUUUUCCACUUUCUCUCUCUAAAAAUCACUUUCUCUCUCUAGAAUUUGGAACUUCGGCCACUGACAGAAGAAGAAGAAGAAGAAGAACACACAAGCUUGAGAUAUUAAAAAAAAGCUUCAAUUGUGUCGCACUGAUUCGAGGUGGUUUCUGCAAUGCACCGUGUAGGUAGUGCAGGGAACACAAACAAUUCUUCUCGCCCUCGUAAGGAGAAGAGGUUAACAUAUGUGUUGAAUGAUGCCGAUGACACAAAGCAUUGCGCAGGUGUAAAUUGUUUGGCUCUAUUGAAGUCAUCAGGAACUGAUGGCAGUGAUUACCUCUUCACUGGGAGCCGUGAUGGCACACUUAAAAGAUGGGCUUUAACGGAUGAUGCAGCUACCUGUUCUACUACUUUUGAGUCUCAUGUGGAUUGGGUUAAUGAUGCUGUCCUUGUUGGUGAUAAUACUCUUGUUUCCUGUUCUUCAGAUACAACCCUUAAGACAUGGAACAGUUUGUCUGAUGGAACAUGUACAAGGACUCUCCGUCAACACUCCGACUAUGUUACUUGUCUUGCUGCAGCAGAAAAAAAUAGCAAUAUUGUUGCCUCUGGUGGCCUUGGAGGGGAGGUUUUCAUAUGGGAUCUUGAAGCCGCACUUACUCCACUAUCAAAGUCAGGUGAUGCAAUGGAAGAUGAUUGUUCAAAUGGUAUCAAUGGUUCAGGAAAUUCACUACCAAUUUCAAGUUUACGUACCAUAAGCUCAAGCAACAGCAUUUCUGCGCACACCAAUCAGUCCCAUGGAUAUGUUCCAAUUGCUGCCAAAGGCCAUAAGGAGUCAGUUUAUGCGUUGGCAAUGAAUGAUAGUGGAACUCUUCUUGUCUCUGGUGGAACUGAAAAGGUUGUUCGAGUUUGGGACCCAAGAUCCGGUUCAAAGACUAUGAAACUACGAGGGCAUACAGAUAACAUUAGGGCUUUGAUUCUGGAUUCUACUGGCAGACUAUGCUUAUCUGGCUCUUCUGACUCUAUGAUCAGACUCUGGGAUCUUGGUCAGCAACGAUGUGUGCAUUCCUACGCUGUGCAUACAGAUUCUGUUUGGGCACUUGCUAGCACUCCGGCAUUUAGUCAUGUUUAUAGUGGUGGGAGAGACCUUUCUUUAUACUUGACAGACUUGGCGACAAGGGAGAGUUUCUUGCUUUGCACAGGAGAACACCCUAUUUUGCAAAUGGCUUUGCAUGAUGAUAGUAUAUGGGCUGCUACCAGUGAUUCUUCUGUUCAUAGAUGGCCUGCUGAAGGACGUAACCCUCAGAAGGUCUUUCAAAGAGGCGGUUCAUUCUUAGCUGGAAACUUGUCAUUUUCGAGGGCAAGGGUCUCCUUAGAAGGAUCUGCCCUUGUUCCUGUUUUCAAAGAGCCAACACUAACCAUUCCUGGAACUCCUGGAAUAGUGCAGCAUGAAAUUUUGAAUAAUAGAAGGCAUGUGUUGACUAAGGAUACUGCUGGUUCCGUGAAGCUGUGGGAGAUCACCAAGGGCAUUGUAGUUGCAGAUUAUGGAAAGGUGUCAUUUGAGGAGAAAAAGGAAGAACUAUUUGAAAUGGUAAGCAUUCCUGCAUGGUUCACUGUGGAUACCAGGCUUGGAAGUUUAUCUAUCCAUUUGGACACCCCACAAUGCUUUUCUGCUGAGAUGUAUUCAGCAGACCUUAACAUUGCAGGGAAACCUGAGGAUGAUAAGGUUAAUCUUGCUCGAGAAACCCUUAAAGGACUCUUGGCUCAUUGGUUGGCUAAAAGAAAGCAAAGAUUUGGAUCCCAGGCUUCAGCAAAUGGGGAUUUGUUAUCUGGGAAGGAUGUUAGCCAUAGAAGUCUUACCCAUUCAAGAAUUGAGGCUGAUAUUAAUGCUGAGAACGACUCAAUGGUGUAUCCACCAUUUGAAUUUUCAACUGUUUACCCUCCAUCCAUUAUUACUGAGGGCUCUUAUGGAGGUCCAUGGAGAAAGAAAAUUACUGAUUUAGAGGGAACUGAAGAUGAGAAGGACUUUCCUUUCUGGUGUCUAGAUUGUGUGUUGAAUAAUCGGCUCCCUCCCAGAGAAAAUACCAAGUGCAGCUUUUAUUUACAUCCAUGUGAGGGUUCAACUGUCCAGAUCCUCACACAAGGGAAACUAAGUGCACCCCGUAUAUUGAGGAUUCAUAAGGUCAUUAAUUAUGUCAUAGAAAAGAUGGUCCUUGACAAACCCUUGGAUAGUGUAAAUCCCGAUGGAACGUUUGCUCCAGGACUGGCUGGAGGGCAGUUACAGCAUUCAGUGAUUGGAGAUGGAACUUUUCGGUCCGGAUUGAAGCCUUGGCAAAAACUUAAACCCUCCAUAGAGAUAUUGUGCAACAAUCAGGUCUUGGCCCCAGACAUGAGCUUAGCCACAGUGCGGGCUUAUAUAUGGAAGAAGGCUGAUGACCUUGUUCUCAAUUAUAGAUUGGUUCAGGGCAGGUGAUGCGUAUGACAUCCAGGAGGUGAUCUUCUGCUUGUGUAAAAAUAUUGGGGAAUAUGAUUCUACAUGGGGUGCUUAUGGUGAUCAAAAGUAUUUAUCAGGUUUGUAAAUUUGGAAAACAAAUUGAUUGCUGAAUAUAGCCACAUUCUCCAAAUGUGCCAAGAAGUUUCCAGGUCACUGUUUCCUAGUUGAACAGAUGGUGUUAUAAAUUUUGAACUUUCAUUGCCGGCGCGCCAGCUUUCAUUGGAUGUUGCAAAGUUGUUAAUGGACCGAUUCUGCAUGCAACAAUAGAAGAUUUUUCAUUCUGGAGGAGGAUUAAGGCAAGUUCCUGAGCUGCUAAAUUAGGGAUAUUAUGAUGUCGAAAGCUUUGGUAGAUUUGUAUUGUGGUUACAUACUAGUCAUAGAAACUCUAUUGUGAAAGUGAUUUUUUAUAAUUUUAUUUUAAAUUUGUUCUUUUGGAAAUAAAACAUUUCCCAUUUGUCAAAUUA